CGCUCGAAGAUGCAUGUUGCACCAAGCUUCAAUUACGUGGCCAUCUUAGCGGACACACUCAAGAUGCACGGCGACCUGCGCGGCUUCUAUGGCGCGCCUGUGACCUACGCCUUCUCGCUCGCAGUGGGCGCCGCCAGCUCCGCCAGCCUGUUGCUGGACCGCGGUCGUCUCCUAGCGCUCGACCGGGACGCCAUUCUCAGUCGAUCUCAAUACUGGCGGUUGAUCUCGAGUCAAUUGACAUUCCACCAUGGGUUGGCGGUGUCUCUAGGACUCUACGCCGUGUUCCAGUUCCGAGUACUGGAGAGACAGCUGGGCUCCCGUAAAUUCGGGAGUAUUCUCGUCUUCGUGCUGUUAAUUUCGGGAGCGCUACAACUCGCGGCGCUGACGUCCGCUCCCUGGCUAACCAAGACCAUCCCGGGAGGACCGUACCCUGUCAUUGGAGCUUUUGCCGUCUACUUUAACAAGUUUAUUCCCAAGCUGCAUCCGCGGUCAUUCAGUGUAUGGGGUCUGCACUUCUCGGACAAGUCCAGCACAUACAUGCUCAUGCUCGUGCUAUUCGUGCGUGACUUCCACGCGUUGAUCCCGUUUUUCGGUGGAUCGUUCCUUGGUCUUCUGUUCAGCUCUACGCCCCUCGGCCGACUGCGACUGCCGUCGUUCGUAUGCUCCAUUUUCAGUCUGCUACAUCCGCUGUUUGAUGUGGUUCCUUCGAGCACAUUGGCACUCCAACGGCAGCGACGUGCUCUUGAGGCUCAGCGACGAGUUAACGCUCGUUUUAACCGAGGUCGUCCAGCUGCACCGGCCGUCCAGGGUCAAGGAUUCCGAGACCAGUUACUACCGGGUGCCGGUGGGAUGAUGCCCGGUGGCGCUCCUGCGGCCGGUGGCAUGUUGCCCCCUCACAUGGCUGCUCAACCGCCGUCCGAGGACGCAAUUCAGCAGCUUAUGGCCCUUGGGUUUGAUAGAGAGCGCGCUCUGCAGGCACUUCAGUCCACAGACAACAAUGUGGAGGCGGCUGCAAAUCGGCUCCUAAACGGAUUGUAGAGGAAAGAUGAAGCAUACAGAAAUAAAGGCGAUGACAGGCAUCACGCCGAUUUUACCUAGUACGUACAUAUAGCAAGCUACAUUGACACCUCUCGGUUGGAGACCAGAGCGAUGAUCUCAAGUUGCAAUGCCUCAUUUAGUUCGUUGCGCGAGAUACGCAAGCCU